ACCAACAACCAUGACUGCCACUAGCCCGCGAAGAGCCGGAGUUCGGGACCCGAAUGGCGUCUGGCAUAUAGUGGAGACCUUUGAACUUCGCGAGGGCAGGGCUGCACAGCUAUUCUUUGUUGUUUCUUAGUUUUUUUAUUUUUAUUUCAGUGCUGUUUUCUUAAUCUUUGAUCUUUUUGAAGAAAAGUUUGGCCACAUAAAUGAAGCAAAUAGAAGAAAACUAAGUACGAAGCGCACUCAGUGUUUUUUUCCUUGGCCAUUGAUUGAUCAAAACGAAUCAGCUAAGAGAUUUAAAACCAAUCAGCUAAGAGAUUUUAAGUGCCGUCGUCUUCAACCCUCCAUUCAUUCAUCUUCAACCUCCUCGCAACAGGAGUAUGGGACAGAUGCGUCGCACAGAAAUGGCCUCAAAUGGGAAAAUCGUGGAUGUUCCCGAAAUGCCCCCGUUCGACUACACCCCACCUCCCUACACAGGACCCUCCGCCUCUGAGAUCCUCAAGAAGCGCAAAGAUUUCCUCAGCUCCUCGGCUCCCCCUCUCUACGCUAAUCCAAUAAACUUGGUAGAUGGGAAAAUGCAAUACGUGUUCGACGAAAAUGGUCGUCGGUAUCUGGAUGCAUUCGGAGGCAUUGCCACUGUAAGUUGUGGGCACAGUCACCCGAAAGUAGUGGAAGCCAUUGUUGAUCAAGCAAUGCAUUUGCAGCAUACCACUGUGUUGUAUUUGAACCACAACAUUACUGACUUCGCUGAGGCACUUGCAUCCAAGUUUCCCGGUGACCUCAAGGUUGUUUUCUUUACAAAUUCGGGGACGGAAGCAAAUGAAGUGGCUAUGAUGAUUGCUCGCAUGUAUACCGGUUGCCAUGAUAUUAUUUCACUUAGGAAUGGCUACCAUGGGACUGCACUGGGCACAAUGGGUCUCACUGCUCAAUCUACUUACAAGUUAAAUGUUCCGCAGGUCGGGGUUCACCAUGCCAUGAAUCCAGAUCAAUAUCGAGGCAUCUUUGGUUCUGAUGGUGUUAAAUAUGCUAAAGAUGUCCAAGAUAUCAUUGACUAUGGAACUUGUGGCCGGGUAGCUGGAUUUAUUGGGGAAGCCAUACAGGGGCUAGGUGGAGCAUUGGAGUUGGCUCCAGGUUACUUGUCAACAGUGUAUAACAUCAUAAGAAAAGUGGGAGGUCUUUGUAUAGCUGACGAAGUUCAGUGUGGGUUUGGUCGUACAGGCAGUCAUUUCUGGGGUUUUGAGGCCCAUGGUGUCUUGCCAGAUAUCGUGACAUUAGCAAAGGGCAUUGCAAAUGGCCUUCCAUUGGGUGCAGUCAUAACAACCCCUGAGAUAGCAAAGGCUUUCUCUCAUCAGUUUAUUUUUAAUACCUUUGGAGGCAAUCUGGUUUGUGCUGCUGCUGGCCUAGCUGUUCUGAGAGUAAUUGAGGAAGAAAAGCUUCAGGAUAAUGCGCAUGUUGUGGGAUCAUAUCUAAAAGAACGACUCACUUCACUCAAGGAAAAACAGCGAAUAAUUGGAGAUGUGAGGGGAAGAGGCUUGAUGCUUGGAGUUGAACUUGUAACUGAUAGAGAGCUCAAAACACCAGCUAGGACUGAAACUUUGCAAAUUGUAGAACUGAUGAAAGAUAAGGGAGUGCUAGUAGGAAAAGGUGGAUUUCAUCAGAACGUAAUCAGAAUCACACCACCCCUCUGCUUCACCAAAGAAGAUGCUGAUUUUCUUGUAGGUGUGAUGGACUAUUCCAUGUCAAGGAUGUGAAGCCUAUGGAUAAUUCUUUAUGAACAUGUUUGUUUUGACCAGCAACAAUUUGAACCAGUACUUUCAACCUGCAAAUACAAUUAUUCAAUAAUGAAAAGUAAUUAGCUGUAGCGGAGCAAAGAGAUGACGGCCACGACUUUGGUUAAUCUCUCUAAGAUAUCUAUAAUUCUGAGUGUAAUAAGUUGACAUUUUUAGAUGUUUCAUAGUUUUUUGAACAAAUGCGCAGAAAGAACAAGAGAAGCUUUGGCAGAUUUUCAUAUCCUAGAGCUUAAAGAGGUUCAAGCUGGAGGGAGGGAGAACCAUAACAUUCUAUAAACACUUAAAUGGGUGCUCUCCAUAUCCAUAACUAUGUCAUGGGCAUAAAUGGCAAAAUGGUCAAUUGAUUCUUCUUUUCC